AGUGAGGCAGCAGAGUGACUGAGGCAGUGAGGCAGAGGGACAGUGAAGCGGCAGAGUGACUGAGGCAGUGAGGCAGCAGAGUGACUGAGGCAGUGAGGCAGAGCGACAGUGAGGCAGCAGAGUGACUGAGGCAGUGAGGCAGAGGGACAGCGAGGCAGUGAGGCAGCAGAGUGACUGAGGCAGUGAGGCAGAGCGACAGUGAAGUGGCAGAGUGACUGAGGCAGUGAGGCAGUGAGGCAGCAGAGUGAUUGAGGCAGUGAGGCAGUGAGGCUGUGCUUCAGAGGACCGAUCUGACUUCAGGCAUGGAGACGCCGCCAGAGAGCAGCGAGGCUGGGGGCGCGGGGGGGCUGCGUCACCCCGACCCCCUGGUGAGGGAGGGCUACCUGUUGUCCUACGACUACAUCAGCUACGUGACGGGGCUGGCGCCACGCUCCCGCCCCCCCCCCACGGAGGCGGCGGCCGCGCUGAGGCACGCCGGGGACGACCUGCUCCUCAAGUUCCCCAUCUUCUUCCGGCGCUGGCCACGCCUCUUCCAGGGCGUCACCGCGGAGACCGCCUGCCCCACGCUGCUCCGCAUCCUGGACGAGCACUUCCGGCCCCGGCCCCCCGGGGGCCGCCCCCGCGAGCUGGCCUGGAGCGCGGUGCUGUCCGUCUACGUGCUGGCGGGGCAGAUGGCGCUGCACUGCCAGGACAGAGGCAUGAUGGGAGUGCUGCCCAGGCUGCAGCAGUGCGUGGGGGAGUACGUGGAGAGGGUGAUCUGCCCAGCGAUCCGGCGGCAGGGAGGCUGGAAGGGAACUCUGCGGGCAGGAAAAAGACACAACACAAGACGCAGCGUAUUUCUCGCAACACAAACUUGACAACGGGUAAGACAGAAACUCCCACGCCAAAGAUGGGGAGAAACAAGGAGGCGGCUUUAGGAAUCUUACGUAAGAUAUACGUAAAUACGUUAGACACACGUGUGACGAAAAAAUAAAUGAAUACGGUAAAAUAUACAAUCACGUGUUCCACCUAAACAGGUGAAUAGCCACUUUAGUCUGGGUAGUCUCAAACUGUGGUACGCGUACCACUGGUGGUACGCCAGAUGACCCUGGAGAUUUGUUGUGUGCACUGAAAAACUGGGAAUUAAAACGUGGUUUUAAAAAAAUGUGUUCGUUCGUCAAACACGCAGCCUACGUACUUAGCUCUGUCCAUACAGUGCGCGCCAACACUCCAUACUGUUCCCGAGCUGUCAGCGCCACUUUCGCCGACGGAACAAAGAACCAAAACUGAAUACCUUGCACAAACCAAGCCUCACGUCAGGGCUGAAAGGAAUAGACGCCAAGAGAACCAACGCCAGCUCUGAUAGAUCACGCACACCCGUUGAGAACGGGGAGGAUUAUACAUCGGCCACCGACACCAGCUCUGCUGCUGAACCUGACACAGACAGCCCUGCUAGUGUUGGGAAGCAUUGGAAAAUGGCUAUAAGGUGGUAGGAUCCAAAUGAUCUAGGUUUGGGAUUUACUUACACAUUACAUUUAUACAGUUUUUACUCAGUGCUAUUUUUAUUAUAUGGGUGUGUGAGUGUGUAUGCGCUACGCACUCAUGUUGGGCAUUGAGAUUUUCUCUGGCUCCUCAGAGAAGAUGACUCGUAGGUGGUACUUGGAUGGUUUGAUCAGGGGUGGUACUUGGUCCAAAGAGUUUGAGAACCACUGGCCUAAACCAUCAGCCUGCUGGAAGGGAGCCCACUUUCAUUGUGGGCGUGACAAUCAAGCAGUCCUCUCACUGAGAUUCUCCCUGUCUGUCUGUCUGUCUGCCUGCC